AUGACAAAUUUGGAGUACAAGCUUGUGGUUCUCGGUAGUGGAGGUGUUGGGAAGAGUGCUUUGACCGUACAGUUUGUUCAAGGAAUAUUUGUUGAAAAAUACGAUCCGACAAUUGAGGACAGUUACAGGAAAAAGGUUGAGUCCUUGUCAGAGGUUUUAUUCUUGCAGGAACAAUUUACAGCGAUGCGAGACCUAUACAUGAAGAAUGGUCAGGGCUUUGUUCUGACGUACUCUAUUACUUCUCCUCCCAGUUUGUUCGAUCUUUUUGAUCUUCGAGAGCACAUAAUUCGCGUCAAGGACACUGAAAAUGUGCCCAUUGUCCUUGUUGGAAAUAAAUGUGAUCUGGAAGACGAGAGAGCUGUUGGUAAGGAGGAAGGUCAAAAGCUUGCACGGCGAUGGAAUUGUUCGUUUAUGGAAACGAGUGCGAAAUCAAAGAUUAAUGUUUCCGAAGUAUGCUCUUUGCCAUCAUUUCUAUGCACAUCAUUUUUGCUUCAAGAAUACUCAUUAAUUAGUCAAUAUGGCUUAAUCUCUGAGGUGAAUGUGAUCACCUUCCUUCUCAUUCAUGUGCUUUGGAUUCUUACGUUGUCCUAUUAA